AUGGGUGACCGCACACAACGCCAGCCAUCGUGGCUGCGGACAACCACACAUAAUGUGCCGUGGCUUUUGUUGGCGGCACAAUCAACUGCUUUCGUGUUGCUAUCCCAUUAUUCUCGGGUCAUGACACCGGCUGGUGGGAAGCGAUACCUUACCUCCACUGCGGUCUUCUUGAACGAAGUCGUCAAGUUGGCGAUCUCUCUCACAAUGGCCCUCUAUGACGUCUCCAAAACCGCGCCUCCGUCCAUGCCUGCCACCUCUCUUUUCUUCUCCCUUACCAGCACCGUGUUCUCCGGCGACAGCUGGAAACUAGCUAUCCCCGCCGCCCUGGGUGUUCUCUCCAACUCCCUUCAAUACAUUGCGCUUUCCAACAUGCGGGCAGCAACGUUCGAGGUCUCAAUUCAGUUGCAGUUUUUGACGACUGCGAUCUUUGGACUAGUGGUUCUUCGACGGAGUAUACCCGCUCGCAAGUGGGCUCUGCUGCUUUUAUUGGUGAUGGGCGUGGCUUUGGUCCAAAUGCCUGAUGCCAAUUCAGAGCACAUGUCCAUCCAUGACGAGAGUGCCUCUUUUCACUUCCCUCGGUCCUUGGAGGAAUGGAAGUCUGUAAAGGGAGGUGGAAAGUUGCACAAGCGCUCCGCUACGUACGAGGGUAUUGAAGAGGACAUUCAGACGGCUGACCCGAAAUUCAACGCAAUGCUUGGUUUGCUCGCGAUCAUUGGUGCUGCUUUGGCGUCGGGUUUCGGCGGCGUAUUUUUCGAAAAAGUCCUUCGGGAUAGUUCGAACCACACUUCGAUGUGGGUACGCAAUGUGCAGUUGGCAAUCUACUCCGUCUUCCCCGCCAUCUUCAUUGGCGUCGGUUUCCGAGAUGGUGAGAGCGUUUCCAACGAUGGCUUCUUCCAGGGCUAUAAUUGGGUGGUUUGGUCGACUAUCGCUAUUCAAGCCUUGGGUGGUAUUCUAUCUACCUUUUCGCUCCGUCAUGCACAGAAAGAUCCCAAUUAUGUGGCAACCACUACGACUACUGUUCUCAUUGGAAGCGUCUGGCUCUUCGAAUUUGAACUCACUGCGAGCUUCCUUGUGGGCUAUGUUCUGGUUCUGGUGGCCACUUAUUACUAUGGUGAUACUAGCUCCAACACCGCUGUGGCUAAGAUGGGUGUUAUUCGCCCCCCACCAAUCCGUGUGGAUAACUAUGAAAAGGGUACUCUUGACGAUAGUUCCCCUGUUUCAAAUUCCCCCAACGACUUCUCUAUCAAGCUACCUUCCACACCCUUCUUGUCCGACGGUAUGUCCUCUUCACGACCCACCUCCCCGAAUCCGGGCCACGCUCGGAUGAGCUCCAGUAGGAAUGUGAGCGCAAGUGACUACUAUGAGAAGGAGUAA